AGGAAAAGAUUCCCCCCCCACGUCUUGGCCGCGUCGCGUCGCCGCCACCCACCCCGCGCGAUGGCAAUGGCGGCGGCGAGGAGGGGCCACGGGAUGCCGCUCUGGGAGUGCAACGUGCUGAUCAGGACGCUGGCGAGGCGGGGGAGCUUCGCGCGCGUCAUGGCGGUGUACUACGACCUCCGCGCGCGGGGACUCGUGGCGGACAGCUUCACCUACCCGUUCGUGCUCAGGGCCGUCGGGGUCCUCAAGCUGUCGGUCGAGGGGCGCAAGGCGCACGCGGCCGCUGUCAAGACCGGGUUCCGGUGGGACGCCUACACCGGGAGCUCGCUGAUGGAGAUGUACACGAUGCUGGGGCGCGUGGACAUCGCGCGGAAGGUGUUCGACGAAAUGCCGAGUAGGGCGCUGGUGCUGUGGAACAUGAUGGUCAGGUGCUACAUCAGGUGCGGGUGGUACUCGGCGGCAGUUGCUUUGUCUGAACAGAUGGAGAGAAGCGGUGUCACACCUGACAGGGUGACGUUGGUGACGGCGGUGACGGCGUGCUCUAGAGCAAGGGACCUGAGCUUGGGAAGGAGGAUUCAUGUGUACAUGGAUAACGUCUUCGGUUUCAAUCUGCCAGUUGCAAAUGCUCUGCUGGACAUGUACACGAAGAAUGAUUGCUUGGAAGAGGCGGUGAAAUUGUUCGAGCAAAUGCCUGCGAGGAACAUAAUUUCUUGGACCAUACUUGUGUCGGGAUAUGGCCUUGCUGGGCAGCUGGACAAGGCCAGAGUGCUCUUCAACCAGUGCAAAGAGAAGGAUCUAAUUCUGUGGACUGCAAUGAUCAAUGCGUGUGUGCAACACGGAUGCUUCGAGGAGGCGCUGACAUUGUUCCGAGAUAUGCAGAUGCAACGGGUUGAGCCAGACAGGUUCACUGUUGUCACUCUCCUGACAUGCUGUGCCAAUCUUGGCGCUCUUGAUCAAGGUGAAUGGAUUCACCAGUAUGCUGAACAAAGGAAAAUGAAGAUCGAUGCAGUCCUAGGCACCGCAUUGAUUGACAUGUAUUCUAAAUGUGGGCACAUUGAGAAGUCUCUAGAGGUCUUCUGGCGAAUGCAAGGCAGAGAUGCCACAGCUUGGACUGCCAUCAUCUGUGGGCUGGCCACAAAUGGUCAGGCUGGUAGAGCUCUUGAACUGUUUCAAGAUAUGCAGAGAAGUAAAGUUAAGCCCGACGGUGUUACGUUUAUUGGGGUGCUAAGUGCAUGCUGCCAUGGUGGCUUGGUUGAUGAAGGCCGGAAGCAGUUCCAUGCAAUGAGGGAGGUUUAUCAGAUAGAACCAAGAGUUGAACACUAUAGCUGCCUUGUGAACCUCCUAGGUCGUGCUGGUCUACUAGAUGAAGCUGAGAGGUUGAUCGGUGACGUUCCAAUUAACAAGGAUGCUAUGCCACUGUUUGGUGCACUCCUCACUGCUUGCAAGGCUCAUGGGAAUGUUGAGAUGAGUGAACGGUUAACCAAACGAAUCUGUGAGCAAGAUUCCCAAAUUACUGAUGUGAAUUUGCUCAUGUCUAAUGUAUAUGCAACAGCAAGUAGAUGGGAGGAUGUGAUAAGGGUACGGGGCAAGAUGGCACACCCUACUGUCAAGAAGAAUGCAGGGUGUAGCUUGAUUGAGGUGAAGGGGUACUGAGGAGUUGUUGAAGCAUAUAAUGCUUGGACAAAGGAAUUGUUGAAGCAUCCAUUAGUUUGACUGGACCAACAGAAGCAUGAUCAAUCACUGGAAGCCGUUUCAUUAGCAAUUUUGAAGAACCUUGUCUGAACAGACAUUCGAGUGAUCAGGCUUGUACAGUUAGUUAAUUUGAGGACUACUGAACUUCAGCUAGCUUGUUUCAGGCUUGUAGCAGAGCUGGAUUUUUUUUACUCUUGCCAGGAAAUGGAACACGGUUCUGCAGAUGAAAAAACAAGGUUAGACACCAAUGCCAGUAGUAUUUUUUUUUCUGUUGUUGCCUAUGCCUAUCAGUGCAGAUGAUUAUAUCUAAUGUGCAACCAUAACUUCUUAACAAUGGAUGGACGAACAUUAUCAUCGCAGCAUGAUUCUGUCAUUUGUCAGCUUGUUAAAAAUGCUAUACUUGGAUUUUCA